UGUCACAAGACUCUUUCCACACACAGCUGCGGAUUUCUUGCGAUGUGGAACCGUUCGUCUCAUCUGUUUGAUCUCGAUCGUCCAAAUAGUUUGAUCAGAUUCAUCUAAACGGGAUCUACGAUGACAAAUGUAUACACAACACACGUAGCAGCCGCUUGAAGAGACGAAAACAACCUCCUCCUCGCUCACAUGUUGAGCACCACCGCGCGGCCGUCAGCACUCUCGCCUUUCGCCUGCCUCCCUCCACACUACCGACCGCCCCCCCCCCUCUCCCUUCGAGAACAACCUCGGAGAGAGCUUCCUCUGUCACCGAGCUAUUCGCAUUCCAAGCAUCUGGACUGCUUCAACUUGGGUUCCUGAACUCAAGGAAGCGAUGAUUGCACCCCUGAUGGAUGUCAGCAGCGUGGGGCUGAAGGCCAAUGCAUGCUUCAGCCAUGUCAAACGUGGAGUUCUUGGCAGUGGGGAGAGUGGGAUUUGGGGGGAUGGGUCCGCAGGCGCCUCUAGAAUUAGGGCUUGGGAAUCAAAGGUGGCGAAGAAUGUCAAAAGUGGCCGCUGGGUUGGAGGGUUCAAGGCGGGCGUUGCGUUCUCUGAUCUCACUUCGGAUGUCAACCAGGAGACUCUGAUAAAUGAUCCAUACGUUAUCCAGGCUCCAAUGUUUGGAAAACAUAAGCCAGACCCCAAGAGUGUUGCAUCGAUCAUUUUGGGUGGAGGACCCGGAGCUCAACUUUUUCCUCUCACAAGUACAAGAGCCACACCUGCAGUUCCUGUUGGGGGAUGCUAUAAGCUUAUUGACAUUCCAAUGAGCAAUUGCAUUAACAGCGGCAUAAACAAGAUAUUCAUCAUGACACAAUAUAAUUCAGCUUCCCUAAAUCGCCAUAUUUACCGUACAUUUAAUUUUGGCAAUGGAAUCAACUUUGGGGAUGGAUUUGUCGAGGUUCUAGCGGCCACUCAGUCACCUGGUGAAGCUGGAAUGAACUGGUUCCAGGGUACAGCAGAUGCUGUGAGACAAUUCAUUUGGGUAUUUGAGGACAACAGGAAUAAGAACAUUGACUACAUAAUGAUUUUAUCUGGUGACCAGCUGUAUCGUAUGGACUACAUGGAUUUUGUGCAGAGACAUAUUGAUACUGGUGCAGAUAUUACCAUAUCAUGUGUGCCUGUCAGCAGCAGCCGGGCAUCUGACUAUGGAAUAGUGAAGAUUGACAAGGCAGGUCACAUCAUCCAAUUUUCAGAGAAACCCAAGGGAGCUGAUUUGGAAGCUAUGAAGGAUGAAAACACCUUCUUCAGAUUGUCUCAUCAAGAUACUAUAAGAUAUCCCUAUAUUGCAUCGAUGGGGGUUUAUGUCUUUAACCGAAAUACUCUACUGGAGCUUCUAAGGUGGACAUACCCAAAAGCAAAUGACUUUGGACUAGACAUCCUUCCUUCCGCUGUUAAAGCAUAUAAGGCUCAGGCAUAUAUUUUUGAAGAUUACUGGGACGAUAUUGGAACAAUCAAGUCAUUCUAUGAUGCAAAUUUGGCACUGACAGAACAGCCUCCAAAGUUUCAGUUUUACGAUCCGAGGACACCCAUCUUCACGUCGCCUCGAUUUCUACCACCAACUAAAAUAGAAAAAUGCAGAAUUCUUGAUUCGAUUAUUUCACAUGGAUGCUUCUUACAUGAGUGUAGCAUUGAACAUUCCAUAGUGGGAGUGCGCUCACGUAUAGACUAUGGUGCAGAGCUAAAGGAUGCAUUGAUGCUGGGUGCUGAUCUCUACGAAACUGAAGCUGAGCUUGCAUCUAUUCUGGCAGAGGGUAAGGUUCCUAUCGGAGUUGGACAAAACACAAAAAUCAGGAAUUGCAUCAUCGACAUGAAUGCUAGGAUAGGAAAGAAUGUGGUUAUCGCUAACAAAGAUGGUGUCCAAGAAGCUGAUAGGCCAAGUGAAGGAUUCUACAUCAGAUUUGGAAUCACAAUAAUUAUGAAGAAUGCAACCAUCAAAGAUGGAACUGUCAUAUAAAAGAAAUGCCAGUUCUCGACGUUUUUCAUCAGAUCGGAAGUAUGGAGAAUCUAUGAAUUGUAAAGAGAAAUUUCUUAAACUUUUUUCUUAUAGUGUUGAUGGUUGUCUUCCUAAAUAAUCAGCUGCCCUAAUGCAGACUAAUCCAUGUGUAUAACUUAUCAAUCUAAAGUCAUAGAGAACCUGAUGGAAAUCAUCAACUGGUUCAUAUCAGAACUGCUCGUCGCAUAAAUGAAUUCAGCAGAGGGUAACUUUGUCGUUCUUA